UAAAUCAGAAACAAAAACAAAAUCCGACUUACCCGAACCUUCACCAUAGGAGGGAGAAGAAGAAGAAGAGUAAAAUUACUAAUACGGCAUCGUUUCGUCUCUUCUCUUCUCUCCUAGUGUCUCCUUUACUUUCGCUCUCUUCAUUCCUUGCUUCUCUUCAGUUCCCAACCUAACACAAGAAGGGAAAACAAAAUCAUUCAGCUUCCAACGAUUUGUGCUUAUUUUUUACAGAUAAAAAUUAUAUCGUUUUGGUGAAGAUGAUGGUGGAAAAUAAUAGCUUUGAUUUAUGGAAAAACGACUCUUUUUUUUCUGCAGCUGAGGAGGUUCAAGAAUCAACUGAUAGAAUGGAAUCAGCAUACAGGUUGUGGAUAAGAGAAAGGAGAGAGCGCCUAAACCGAGAGGAUUUAGAUGAACUCUGUAGGGAGCUCCAAACGGCUUUAGGUACUGCUAAAUGGCAGUUGGAAGAAUUUGAAAGGGCUGUCAGGUUGAGUUAUAGCCAUCGUUGCAAUGAUAAUGCAUCAGCUAGGCAUAGACAAUUCAUUGCUGCCAUUGAGAACCAAAUUUUGCAUGUUGAAGCAGCAUUAAGAGAAUCUUUUAGUGAGGAAGGGAAGCAACCCCUUCAGUGGAUAAACUUGGAUGAGGAAGAACGUGAUGAUUUAGCCAUGUUUCUCUCUGGAAAUUCCCCAACCUUUUCUUCUGUGAAAGAUGAAUGCAACAGGUCCAGAUCUCCUGUGAAUAACUCACAUCUAAAGAACAGCCACCAAAGAAGAGAUGCAAGACUUAACUUUAAUGUUAUCUCCCCUGGACAGAAUUGUGAUGAAUUAGAAGUUUUAAAAGAUGCUGGCAGUAUUAAUAAAAAUAGUGAGUGUGUCAUAGAAGUAAAAGAUGAAUCUCCUGGAACAAGCAAUGACAUAAUCUGUAAAGCAGAUAGAGGAAUUGGUGCUAGGAGAACAUGCAGUUCGCCAAAGUUCAGUGCAUUGAAGAUUGUAAUUGCUGAUGAAGGUGGAGGAAAUAACAAAGUGACGCAAUCUGUGGAGGCAACACCUAAGGAAAAAGGUUUCAAACCUGUUUUUUGGAAGCAGAGUUGUGUGGAGAAUCCACAGGCAAGGGGAGUCGUUAAUGUGUUCAAUCAGCUUUUUGUUGGGGUUCAAAGAAAGCGGCAAAAUACUGUGCUUCUGCCAUUUAACCGUUCUGUUCGACUUAUGCUUGUGUUGAUGCUAACAGUUUUCUUGGUUGUGCCGUUUGUGCUUUAUUCAACAUGAGAACAAAUCUUAGUUUAAUACUCAUAAUCAAGAUCAGAGGAAAUGGAGCUAUUCAUGAAAUUGGAAAUGCCUGGGGGCAGAGGAUGCUUGUUAUUCCACAAAGUUGUCCAGUCCUUUUAUAAUUCCGGAAGUAGCCUAAAAUUAAAUAGAGAUAGGUUUUCAUUUUAGAUGUGUCUGCCAUGGAAGCUGUAAAUUGAUUCAUGUAGUUGUAAACAUAUCGUUGGAACUUGAACUGAGUGCUGAGAAUCCCAUUUGAAUUUGGCUUCAAACUGAACAUGGAUGAUUUAUGGAAGAAUUGUCAAUCAUGCAUACAGGCCAAAACCACGACUUUUCUAUGUAUCAUUUAUAUUCUUGUGUAAUUUAAGAGUCCCAUCUUUACAUUUGGUUGCA